CAGGAAACUAAACCUCCUGUGCUGAGCUGCUGUUACCGAGCAACAAGACGUAAACAAACUGAACGUGCAGCAGCAGAGGAGCAGACUUACUUCUUUAAAUAAAAUGAACAGUCGAACGGCUGGAAAAACUGUCCCUCGAGGAUCUACAGCCGAGGAAUGUCUGCGGGAAACACACGAGACUCAGACGCCUCCUGAGGUGAGGAAGUUCCGCCGCAGUAACGAGCCGGAGCCGGGCCGGAUCAGAGUGCAUCAUGGGAGCGGAGAUCCAGACGUGUCCGGAGAUCUGAUCCACGGAGUCCGAACCAAAAACUCCCACUGUAGCUCCGAGCUGCUGAAUCCUCCUCGUGUCACCGUGUUCCAGGAGAAGCUGCGGGAGCUGAGUGAAGCGCUGUACAGGUCCCAGCAGAGGGCGCCGCUGGGCCGGUCCUACAGGCAGAGCGGAGGACUGCCCCCCCGGGUCACAGACGACACCGUGUUUGGAGUCCGGAACGCCAAAGGUCUGGACGUGUGGGAGCUGUUGAAUCCUCGUAAGAGUAGAGCCGAGGUGGAGAGAGAAGCUCAGGAAGGACACGAGCUCUACCUGCACAGCCACAACCAGUACUCUGUGGGUGAGCGCGUCAACAGGAAGUACGAGCUGCCUCACUUCAGCGCCGACAGCGUGUUCGGACUCCCCACUCCUCACCACGACGACGGGCGGAACCUGGCCAAGACCCUGAAGUGGAUCCACGUGGACGAGACGACAGAGGACGAGACACAACUGCCUGCUGAAGGAAAGGAACCUGCCACAAAUUCUUCACAAACCUUUGGGAUUCGAGCAACUUCGGAUCAGUACGGAGCAGGAGAGGUGAUCCACGGCACCGCCCCGGGACAGAACGCCCAGGGCCCCACCGCGCAGAGAAACCUGGUCCACGUCAUCCGCCACCACCUCAAGAAGGUCAACUACCACUUCUUCUCGUCGCUGCUGCGAGCCUUCAGACACUACGACAAGACGUCCCGUGGGCUGAUCGACCUUCAGGACCUGGAGCAGGUUUGCCGUGAGUUCCAGCUGGAGACCGCGCCGGCCGUGCUCCAGGACCUUCUGCACUACUGCGACCUGAACGGAGACGGACACAUCGACUUCAUGGAGUUCGCCAACUUCCUCUGCUGGAAAGACAAGAUGCCCAUCAAGACCCAGGAGCAGAAGAUCCUCACCGGAGAGCGUGUGAGCGGUUCUGUGUCCGACGGCGACUCCAAACCUCUGCUCAGACCCGAGGACCUGGAGCCCGUCGAACCAGGCAAGUCCCUCCGAGUCCCCCGCACCCUCACCCGGACCCGAGGAGACCCAGACGCCUUCAGCCCCUCGUCGGCGCUGAUCGGAGCCGCCGCCGACCCUAAAGCCGCGACAGCUGCAAUAUUAAAUGUGUCCAUGAGGUGGCGCCAAAAAGCUGCAACUACAUGUUCCUUCGUUCGUGCGGCCGUCCCGAGCGUCCGCACAGACCUUCCUCCUCCUCGUCUGAAGAGAGUGAGCGACACCACAAACUACGGCGACUCGCCCGCCGCCGCCGCUCUGCUCCGCCCUCACGUGCACGCUGCUCUGGGCGUGCACGAGCAGGACUUCCUGUGCCCGCGCAGCAAACAAGAGAUCACGGAGAUCUUCCAGAACGUCGGGCUGGACCUGUCCCCGCAGCUGAUGGACUCGGUCUGGGAUCUGGCCGCCGCGAGGAGCCCCGGGGGAGACGUGAGCGUGGAGGACUUCAGGAACGUGCUCAAGGAGAUAAACGCCAUGUAAACCAGAGUGUGGAUCGGAAUUUUUCUGUCCGAGCCCGGUCCACGUCCAACAGAGCAGUGAUCGAAACGGUUUGUGUUCCUCUAACGGACACAGAGAAGCAAAAAACAAACUCGGGAUAAAGUGAAAAUAAUGAGAAGACUUUAUUCCUUCACCUCUCGUAAAGUGAUGAAUUUAAAGUGCAACAUCUCAUCCAUAUUAUCCAUAGACAUUGCACUGUGAAUCCAGUUUGAGUUGUUCUUUAAAAGUAAAAAGGCCGGAGUAGUUCCUCACGUGUGUCUGUUUACAUCCACACGGAUCGAGGUGAAGCUGCAGAUUAACCACAGUGACUCUACUUCCUGUGAACUUUAUCUUCAAACUUUUAUGCUUUUAAAAUCCUGUAUGUGAAGUUUUGCUCCACAUUUCACAAAUAAUAAUAAUCACACAGUUCUGACUUGUGUCUAAAUUAGAAGAGCAGAGUCUGAGCUUUAAACACUUCAAAGUCUCAAAGUGACCAAACCAGACCAAGUUACAGGUCAGAUCUGUGGAGAGAC